AUGAGGUGUCGUGUUCAGGCUCCAUAAGGGAAACAGGGAGAGAGGGGAAUGGAGCAAACUCCUCUCCCUCAGCCGGCCCGAGUGGCGCUCUCUCUGCCCGUGGGGUGGGAGGAGAGGUGGCAGAGAGAUAAGGAGCAGUGGAGGAGUGCGAUGGAGGAGGGGGGUGAGAGAAUAGAGGAGGAGGAGAGGAAGUUGAGGUGGAUAGUGGCGUAUAACAACCGUAGGAUGGGAGCUAAGGUGAGGAGCGAGGAAGAGCAGGAUAAGGAGGAGGAGGAGGAGGAAGAGCGGCUGUACCCCAGCCGCAGUCACCCCAGCGAGGUCUUCCUCUCCCUGGAGCUGCUGAGGUCCUCCGCUCUCCUGACUGACCUCACCCUGAGCACCGCGGCGGGGGGAGCUCUGCUCACACACUCCCCCGUCAUCGCCUCCGUCUGCACGCGCAUCCAGGAGCGGCUCCAGGAGCAGGGCCCCGUCUCACCCAGGGAGGGCCCACUGAGGGAGGGCCCACCGAGGGAGGGCCCACCGAGGGAGGGCCCACUGAGGGAGGGCCCACUGAGGGAGGGCCCAGAGAGAGAGGGCCCACCGAGGGAGGGCCCACAGAUGGAGGGCCCAGAGAGAGAGGGCCCACAGAGGGAGGGCCCACUGAGGGAGGGCCCACAGAGGGAGGGCCCACAGACAGAGGGCCCACAGAGGGAGGGCCCACUGAGGGAGGGCCCACAGACAGAGGGCCCACUGAGGGAGGGCCCACUGGGGGAGGGCCCACUGAGGGAGGGCCCACUGAGGGAGGGCCCACAGACAGAGGGCCCACUGGGGGAGGGCCCACAGACAGAGGGCCCAGAGAGAGAGGGCCCACUGAGGGAGGGCCCACUGAGGGAGGGCCCACAGAGGGAGGGCCCACAGACAGAGGGCCCACUGAGAGAGGGCCCACUGAGGGAGGGCCUACUGAGGGAGGGCCCACUGGGGGAGGGCCCACAGACAGAGGGCCCAGAGAGGGAGCUCUCCAUCAGUCUGGGUGGGGAUGUGGAACAGUCCGGGCUGGCUGCGGUGGUGGAGUUUGCCUACACUGGCGGCAUCACUGGGCUGAACCGCCAGUCCACUGCACGGGUUCGAGCAGCUGCCGUCGCACUGGGAGCCCACAGGGUCCUACAGCUCUGCACUGAGGAAGAGGAGGGGAGGGCGGAGGUAGGAGGGAGGGAGGACGAGAGGAAGAGGCGGGAGUUGGAGGUGAGCCUGGAUUGUAUCAGGCAGCUGUGGGAGGAGCAGGUGGGCUGUGACGUGGAGCUGCUGGUGGAGGGAAAGGCUUUCCCCGCCCACCGGGUGGUCCUGGCAGCCUGCAGCGAUUACUUCCGGGGCAUGUUCUGCAGCGGGAUGCGGGAGUCUCGGCAGGGCCAGGUGGAGCUGUGGUGCCAGGAGGGGGCGCAGUUUGGGGAGCUGCUGAGCUGCUGCUACACGGGGCGGCUGCGUCUGGGCUGGGCGGGCGUGUUUGAGCGGGCCUGCGCCGCCCUGCAGCUGCAGCUGCGCCCCGCCCUGCCGCUCUGCAUGCACUUCCUGCGCAGUCACAUGGACGCCCACUCCUGCCUGGACGUGGCCGCCUUCGCCGAGGCUUAUGGGAUACGCGACCUGCAGGAGGAGGCCGAGGACUUCCAACUCAUGGAGGCUUCUGGGAGAAAUGCCUGACCCCCCCAGAUUCCGGCAUGGGCUGGGGGUUCUCGGGGGCCAGCUAUCCUGAGCUGGUUUGCAGAGAUCAGCAGUGCUGUGCAACAUGUGCACGAGAACAACAUUCUGCACAGGGACAUCAUGCCACAGUGACGUGUGGGCUUUGGGGUGUGUACUCUAUGAGCUGUGCAAGCUUCAGCCUGCGUUUCCACAAGAAUCGAAAAGAGUUGUCUUCAAUACAAUAGUGGAUGGGCCCAACCCCACUAUCUCUGGACAAUUCUCCACUGAUCUACGGGAUCUUGUGAGGGAUCUUCUUCAGAAGAAUCCAGGAGAUCGACCCUCUGCCAGUGAUAUAAUGGCGAGACCCUGCAUUCUUAGGAUCCUUUGCCAAAAGAGCAUGGGGAUCCCAGAAGAGCUGAAGCUGAAGCUGGAAGAGCUGAAUGAAGUUGCGAAUGGUUUUGAGCGUGUGCUCAUGGGCACCACCGUAGGCAGUCUGACUGGGGCGGUGGUGGGUGCUGCGGGGGGGAUCACC